CAGGAGAAGAAGCAGCAGUACAAGGUGUAUCGUGAGGAUAUCUCGGAAGAUGCGUGCCCCUUCAACCACAGGACGUUGCAAAGGGCCGAGAUGGUGGAGUUCUUCGACACGGGGAAGAAGGACGAGAAGCACCCGAACCUCAUCGUCGCGAAGACCAUCACCGGGCCCUACGGCGCGCAGCUGAAGACGUCCUACGAGUACCGUCUGGCCAUGUACGCGGCCGGCGGGAUUCCUGCGUACAAGCAGGACACCCCAGAGGACUACCCCGUCAGGAAGAAGGUCUGCGAGUACUACCUCAGGAGGAGGUUCAACGGCAUGUGGAAGAUGAAGUGAGCGAGCGGGGCGAUCUCCGCGGCGCGGGCGCCCAGAUUGGUGGGAAGGAUGGCCCGGCAGUGGGAGACGCGGGCGUCUGCUGGA